UCAAAGAUUCGAUAGUGCUGGAAGAGUGAGUGGGGUAGUCAUUCAAUCGAGCUUAUAAAGCCAGUUGACGAGAACAAAACUUCAGUCAGUCCAUUUUGGCGAAGAAGCAUUGUAAUUAAUCCGAGGUAUCAGGCUCAACGAUAUAGAGGGACGAUAGAAAAUGCGCUCUUACAAGGCGUUGCUUCUCUUCGCAGCUUUAACAAUAGCCGCAGAAACUCUUGGGACUAUAAUUGAAUUACCAGACGACUACAACCAGGCGUCACCGUGGCACGAGUUAGCCAAGCUUGGAGUUGGAAAUCUCACGGAAACGGAUUGUCUUCGUACGUGCGUUGUCGGGAAAGCACCGCGAGUCUGUCUUUACACAUUUGUUUUAGAGUACUACGCGUCAAUGGGAACCGCCUGCAGAAAUUGUAGCGACGGUGUCUUGGAGGACUGCUAUCUGCCGCAGUGCAUCCCAGCCGAUGGAGUUCAGCGAGGAAUGAUGUCCGUCAACCGGCAGCUUCCCGGACCCCCGAUUAACGUCUGCAAAAAUGACCUCAUCGUAGUAAACGUGAAAAAUCAAAUGCCCGGUACAGGAUCUACAAUCCAUUGGCACGGGAUUCUGCAGAAGAACAGUCCGUGGAUGGACGGAGUUCCUUACGUAACCCAGUGUCCGAUCGGAGAAUCGAGUUUCAGAUACGCGUUUCAAGCCGAUGUAGCUGGGACAUAUUUCUGGCACUCUCACUCCGGACUGCAGAGAGUUAACGGGCUUUACGGCGCGUUAGUUAUUCGCGAACCGAUUGUUGACGAACCCUGGUCCGAUGGUACCUAUGACUUUGACCUGCCAGAGCAUACGAUUGUACUUUCCGACUGGAUGCACGAAACCGCGGAGAUGUUUUUCCCCGGUCUACCCAACAGAGACCCAGGAGUUUUACCGGAUGCUAUAUUGAUUAACGGUUUAGGGCGGUAUCACAACUCAUCCACGAGCAAAGAUUUUGUCAACUUGACCUUCCCUCUGGCGACUUUUCACGUGUCGAGGAAUUCCAGCUACAGGUUUCGGGUUAUCAACGCAGCCAGUCAUCCUUGCGAGUUUCAAUUUCAAAUCGAGGAUCAUAACAUGACUCUGAUCGCCACUGACGGAUAUCCAAUCGAGCCAAUCACCGUCGAUACGUUCGUUGGUUACCCUGGUGAAAGAUACGAUUUUGUGAUCGACACGAGUAACGCUCCGCUUGACAAGGACGCAUUCUGGAUCCACGUCACUAGCAUAGGGUUUUGCGUGAGAUACAAUUUCGACCAGCAUGCUGUUCUCGACUACGGCAAAAAUAGCACAGCUUUAGGCAUAAAUCCAAAUCGAACUCGGCCUACUAUACACAAUCCUCUGAAAAUCACGACCGUCUUGAAUUAUCCUCAUGCAAUGUGUGGCGAAGGUUCGAAGUAUUUCUGCAUCACUGAUCUCAGGUCGAUUGGAAGGCACUCAGAGGUGGGGAAUCAUACAAAUGUUGGGAUGGUAGAACCAAAUGUCCGGCUCGUUAUUCCAUUUAAUUUCCCCAGCUUCAACCUCGAUGCCUUCCACCAAGCCGGGACUUACAGAGAAUAUCAGAAUAUCGACCUAAUGAGAAUUCGAGCGGCUUCGAUGAGCAAUAUAACUUUCAAGUUUCCUCCGAGUCCAAUUAUAUUCAAGGAGAAACCCGACGACACAUUCUGCAACGCAACCAAUUUACCAGCUCAGUGCCAAAAGGUUGGUAACGGUACGAUAGAUUCUCUCUGUCAUUGUACCAACGUCGUUAUUCUGAAAGAAGGCGACUUAGUCGAGCUGGUUUUGGCCGACGCAGAUGGCGACCUUACAGUCAGUCAUCCGUUCCAUUUGCAUGGUUACUCUUUCCACGUGAUGCGUGUUGGCCAAAAUUACAAAAGCGAAGGCGAAAAUUCUCUGAACCAUACAUACUUUGCUUCGCCACUAAAGGACACCGUCAAUGUACCCUCCGGAGGAUUUGUCACCAUCCGAUUUAGAGCUGAUAAUCCUGGAAUUUGGAUGAUGCAUUGUCAUUUCGAAUGGCACAUGGCUAUUGGCAUGGGAAUGGCCUUCUGGGUCGAGGGAAAUAUCCCACCUCCACCUCCAGGCUUUCCGAGAUGCGGCGAUUUUGAUCCGUUGAAUUAGGCUGAUGUUGAUGAAGUCGUGUGCCGAGCCUACGGCAACUCUAUCGUUCAAUUCAACGGAAAUUGCGAAAUAAUUCACAAUCUAUGAAAAGUAUUACCUUCUUGUACCUCGUAUUCAUGAA